GACACUGCUGAUGCUGAUGCGAGAGCUUUCGGUGUCUGUUAUCGGCGGAGAGUAAUUGGCAUAGGAUGGACCUCUGUGGCUUUAUCUGACACUGCUGUCGACAUUAUCUCGGCUUUCGACGUGAAAAGUUGUAACAGAGGUGUUUUUGACACGACAGCAACUGGAGAAAAUCGCGGAGGGAGACGUUUUCGUCCCGACACUCGUCUGGCCUGCCUUGUGACAGACACAGGUGGAUGGUUGUUGAAAAACGGCAUCAAAAUGCGGAUAUAAACUUUGGACUGCCUUGAGGACCAACAAUUCCGUAAUUAGCCCUUAAAACAGCGGGAUAUAGUGAGCGUCUGUGUCUCAUUCUAGAGAGAGAAAGAAGAUGGUGUGUUUGGCGUUGCUAGCUAGCUAAUAAGCUAAUCUCGCUAGCUAGCCCUUUAGCAGCUUCCCAGCCCAAUGGCACGAAAGCAGUGGGAUGCUGGAAGGAGGAGUUAGCUAAGUUAGCUGCUAGCACCCACUCAUCUCUAGUUAGGCAUUUGGUCUUACAUUUGGUCAGUCGCUUCUGAAUGAGAGGUUUCGUGUCGUGUUUCUGGAUUUAGUAACGCCGGUCAGCCGAAUUAGCUCGCGAUGGAUACCGUUAGAUAAUUGGCUAAGAAGGCUAAUGUUGACAAACAGUGGUUCGUUAAUCUGUGAUUUUGUUUGGAGUCAAAUUGGCUUAGGUGUGAGAGAUGCUGUGUGUUUGUCGGUGCAGAUCUGACACGGUGUUUCGCCAGCUUUGAGGCCAAAGUGAACUAUGUUGACGUUGGAUGUGAGAAAGCAGCAGCAUUUGGAGAUAAACAGGAGCGGACCUGUCAUGACAGAGAGAGCCAUAGUGAGUCAAAACAGAUUCAUACAUCAGUGAAACGGUUGUAUAGGUUAAUCACUAUGAAUUUUGAAUUUAGGUAACAUUGUUAUCGAGAUGUGGUUGGCGACCAAUGAAGUGAAAGCAGUAAAAGCUUAUGUUGCACAGAAUUUCUUGUUAACCUGUUUCCUUACUGACAUUUCUCCUGAUUUUACUUAUGUCUUAAAACUAUUAUUCCACCAUAUCUACAUCAAGGGUUGGGUCAGUUUUCUGAUUUCAGAGUUAGGCAAUGUCAAGAAUUUCACAUGCUCAUAACUAAGCGAUUCCAAUGAAGAUGUGCAGUGCCAUGUGAAAUCAUGACAUUAAAAUUGAGGAACUGGAUAUUGACUUGGAGAUAAGAAGCUACCAGCAUUCUCAAGUUAGUGAAGGAAGGAAGAAAAGACACCAUAUAAAUGGAACCGACAGUUCUGUCUGGCCCUCUGGGGCAUUCGGAGUGGGAGUCAGACCAGCCAUUUCCUCAUGGAUUUCACACCCUGGAUUCAAACAAAGGAGGCAUGUUUCAUCCAAACAAGAGUGGUCAGACAGGUUUGGAUUUCACAAAUGUUGAACAGGAUGACAUGUGUCAACAUAGUAAAGAGGAGGAGGUUUUCCAGGACAAUAUCUUAAAUUUGGAUGACCUCUUUAAGACCUCCAGUUAUUCCUAUGGAGACUCGGCUUUGCAAUUACAGGGAGAUCGAUCCACUAAUUCUGAAGGUGCUCUCAAAAGUACACAUUUAGAGGAAUUGUCCUCUACAGACAAAAUAGAGGGACUUGAUGAUAUUAGUGACUGUGCUCUGUCAUGGCUGUUUUCGCCCAGCCUCACUGGCUUGAUUGGGGAAAACUCUGCCUGUGAGGAAGUAAAUCUCACACAGGAUGCCCCUGUUGAGGAUACAAGUGUCGUGGGCGGUCAUGGGGAACUGAUAACCCUCAGUGAGCCUUCUUCUCCUUUGAAGAUUUCUGAGAGAACUUCUGAAACCAGCACAGAGGCUUCCUUUUUGUUGGUAGAUCUCAUCUCAAGUGAACAAUUGCCCUCUUGUCUGGUCCCAGAGUCCUCAGGUGAGGUCAGCCUACAGGGUGUCGGUGAGGAGCAGGUACUCCUGUCACUAGGGGAGGAUGGAGGUCUUCCUCCCGCACAGGGCGGGGAGACAUUGUCACCUGAAACCGGGGACAAAGGUUUCUUCUUGGAACCGGUGGCUAAUCUGCCCAUAGCCAGUAACACUACCCCACAAGGUUUACCUGACAGUUGCCUCCCACAUAACCACAUAAGCACGCCACCAGAGUUUUUGGAAGGAUCUGUGCCUUUGUUGGAUUUAGAGGUUCCUGAUUGUGAUAGUAACCUCAGCCUGUGCCCUACCAGUCCUGCCUCUCUUAUCUCUAUAGGUGUGCCAUUAGAUUCCCCAACACAGGAGUCACAGGAGGAACACAUAUUGGCUACUGCAAUUGAAAAUCAGACUUCAGAGCACCAAAGUGAGGAUGACUCAUUUGUUCUCAGUUUGUCAACUGAGCCCUCAUCACUGGCAGUGACUCAAGAUGGAGAUGCCUUUGUCCAGGAUGACUUUCCCUGUAGCAGUAACUCGGCACAGAAUGGCUCUGAGGAUUUGAUGGAUGGCAAAAUUUGCUCUGAGGCCAAAAACCAGGGAGAUGAGGCAAUGGCUUUGCAUCCGUGCCUGAUCACAGAUGAACUCCACAAUGAGGAAACUUGGGACGUGAAACCGCUCGAGGGUGUACAGAAUGAAAGCGUUCCUAAUUUGCAAACUGAAGAGGUCCACGGGGAGAGGGUGACAAGCUCUGCCCAGCUCCCAGAAUCGGAUUGUGACAAAGUGGCUAGUUUAGAUUUUCCAGUUCAGGAGUUGAGCAGUUCUCCUGAGCCUGGAUGGACUAGUGAGCAAACGGUGGAGACAGUCUCACUGUCUAAAAUGGUGGUAGCUGACUCCAUGCCCAUGGUUUCCACCGUGAAUACGAGGGAAGAAGAUGUCUCCCCGCUAAAAGCUGUAUUUGAUGCUUUAGACCAAGAUGGAGAUGGCUUCGUUCGUAUUGAGGAGUUUAUGGAGUUCGCUGCAGCCUAUGGAGCUGAUCAGGUAAAGGAUCUGACCAAGUUUUUGGAUCCCAGCGGUUUGGGAGUGAUCAGCUUUGAAGACUUCCACCGUGGUAUUUCUGCCAUUAGCAACGGAGGUCCAGAGCCGCAGCUUUACGAUGUGCACUACAGCCCAGGGGACGGCGCUGUGGGCUGCCCAGAGGAAUAUGACGAGCAAAAUGAGGUGACAGACAGUGCGUACCUGGGCUCAGAGAGCACCUACAGUGAGUGUGAGACCUUCACUGAUGAAGACACGGGAGCCCUUGUACCCCCUGAGAUGCAUGAAGAUGUGGAAACGGACAGCGGCAUCGAGGCCACUCUACAUGACCCUGAGGAGGGCAGUAAUAGGUUCUCCCUGAACUCUGAACUCCAUAAUCACUCCCUGGUAACGGUCAUCGGUGGAGAGGAGGAGCAGUUUGAAGACUUUGGGGAGAGCAACACCUCGGAGCUGCUGCUAGAGAGCACUGUGGAGGGGACGGCGGGGCAGGGGGACUCCUCCCUCCUACAGCCCCCUGAGCAAGUCAAUGGCUCCUCGCUACUCCUCUCUCCCAGUGCACCUGCUCCUCUCCCUGACUGCUUUCAGAGCUUCCUCAGGGAGGAGGCGCUGGACUUUUUCUGUAGCCAGUGUCACAAACAAAUAAGUCGUCUCGAGGACCUCUCCACUCGCCUCAAUUUCCUAGAGAUGACUAGCGCAGGCAAGAGGCUGUCCAGCAAGAAAGUAGCGAGACAUCUUCUGCAGAACAGCUCAAUGACUCUGGACACCAUGAGCGACUUAACCCGGGACAUUCUGGAGCUUGCUGACAACGACAUCACUGACAAGGUGCUCCUCCUUGAGCGCCGAGUAGCAGAGCUGGAGAAGGAGUCAGAGGCAUCAGGGGAGCAGCAUGCACGGCUGCGCCAGGAGAACCUGCAACUGGUACACCGAGCCAACGCCCUGGAGGAACAGCUGAAGGAGCAGGAGCUCCGAGCUGAUGAGCACCUACAGCAGGAGGUCCGCCGCCACAAGGAAGCGCUCAGCAAGCUGGAGAGGGAGAGAGGGCUGGAGCUGGAAAACCUGCAGGCCAGACUGCAGCAGCUUGAUGAAGAGAAUAGUGAGCUGAGGUCUUGUGUUCCCUGUCUACGAGCCAACAUCGAGAGGCUGGAAGAGGAGAGGAGGAAGCUGCAGGAUGAUACAGAGAACAUGACGGACAGACUGAACGAGGAGUUGGAAUCCCGCAGGAAGAUGUCUGACAAGUUGAGCCAUGAGCGCCACCUCAGCCAGAAAGACAAGGAGUGCACACAAGAGCUUAUCGAAGACCUGCGUAAGCAACUGGAGCAUCUACAGCUGUACAAGCUGGAGGCUGAGGCCAAGAGGGGGCGCUCUCCCAGUGCAGGGCUGCAGGAGUACCAGACACGCACCCGUGAAGCUGAGCUGGAGCAGGAGAUCAAACGACUCAAACAGGACAACCGCAGCCUGAAGGAGCAGAAUGAUGAGUUGAAUGGCCAGAUCAUCAACCUGAGCAUCCAGGGAGCCAAGAAUCUGAUGUCUGCCUCCUUCUCUGACUCCCUGGCAGCUGAGAUCAACUCUGUGUCCCGCGGAGAGUUGAUGGAGGCUAUCCACAAACAGGAGGAAAUCAACUACAGACUCCAGGACUACAUUGACAAAAUCAUCGUGGCCAUCAUGGAGUCCAACCCCUCUAUCCUAGAGGUCAAAUAGACGCCAUCCUGACCAAGGCAGCCAGAUGGGCCACUCAGAGGGACUGAAGGAGCUGUUAAAAAAAUUCUGGAGACUUGGCUAAAACAAAACAUAAACUACUAAGAUGGGAAAAAACUAUUUUUUGCAACAUUUUGGUGAGGGGGGAAAAGAAAGUAGUCAUCCAACUCCCCUGAAAGAAGAAUUGCAGAUUAAUAAGUCUAUGGCUGUCAAUGAAAAAUAAGCUAUUUUUAGGUAGAUGUCCCUUGAAUCUGAGCUAAUUAGUGUGUGUGCAUGUGUGUGUGUGUGUGUGUGUGUGUAUGUAUGUAUGUGCCCUCCUGAAUACGCUUGGGUUCUGGUGACUUCCAUGUAUUUGGCUAGAGGGACCUGAGAUUCCCCUGUUAAGUGUAUGAAUGUGUAAAUGUGUACAUGAGGUCAAUAUCAUGAGGAGAAGAAAUCCCCUUUCCAAAAACAGUGUCAGUGUUUGAGAGAUGAAAUUCAGACAAUGAUACCUGAAAGCCUUAAAGCAAAGGUGAUCUAAGUAUUAAUUGAUUAUACAUAUCAGCCAUGCCUCAGUUCAUUCAGUGAGCUGUUGCUGGGAGGGAUUUUGUGUCGGGUGUGUUCUCUUGAAUCGGGCUGAAUCGUGUUUUAACCACAUGACGUGUUUAAGCCGUAUGAAGCACCGGUUGAAGAAGUAGUAGCCACUGCUCUGUUGAAUUUGUCUGUGGCUCUCUUAAAGGUGUUUAAAGCUUGCUGUGCUGCUCAUAUUUACAGCGUGUCCUGUCCUUAAAAAAUAAUUGGACUUCUCUUUCCAGUCAACCCAAGUGAGGGACAUUUCCAAGGGUCAAGGAUAAGAAAUGCCCGGAGGGUUUGUGUGGUGUGUGUGUGUGUGUGUGUGUGUGUGUGUUUGUCCAAAUGUGUGAAGCGUUUAACAUUCCCUUUAUGCUCUGUGUUGCUUCAAGGUUUUGAAAAAGCUUGGUGCCUCAAGGAGGAGUAGCAAGAAUGACACCUUAAAGGAACAGUGCACCCAAACCAAAAAAAAAGAUGUCUUCCCACUUAUCCAUAGUGGGAAUUAUCUAGUUUCUGUGUGACUUGACGAGGUUUCCAUUCUGUCUCCCUUCACCCCGUAGAGCUGGAUGGAUAUUCAUUUUUUGAUUUCAAACCGUCAGUAAUGUACAUGUGAAUGAAACAUCUCUUUUGAAACAUUAACACAGUGACUCGACAUAAUCCACAGCCCUCAAGGGUGAAGAGUUGCAUUGGGAAGUAUUUCCUGCUGAAGGACACUGACAAACACCUAUUUAUCUGCCCCCAGUUUGUAGUUUUUGGGGGUUGAUAGAUACGGUUUGCUAGUACCGUGGCACUGAGAGGCAGGGGAGACCACAACGGACUGGAAACCUCACCAAAACGCACAAACUAUUUGGAUGUCUAGGCGCACUUGUGGAAAUAUCCUUUUUUUUUUGUCUUUUGUAUUUUGGGUGCAUUGUUCUUUUAAUUCUUGUAUGCCUCGGGGUCCAGACAGAAGGAACUGGGUGGUUUAUAAUUUGCUGCAUCUCCAUUUAUUUUUACAAUGAAACAGGGUCCCAGAGUUCAGGUGGGCUGGAAACUUACAGUGGAAAAACACUGUAUUUCCCAUCACUCCCUCUGGCGAUUAGUAGUUUUAACACCUCUGGCAUUAAUGUCUUGAUACUGACUAUUACACUUGUACACUACAAACAUAAGACUUAAGCCUAAAAGGGAAUCUCUUGAGUGUUUUGGGAAAUGUAGUGUUUGUUUUUUUUAAGCACAGCCCACCUGAUCCCGGUGUUCUCUUGCUGAGUGAAAGUGAUAGGGAGCAAGCUGAUCCAGGUUACCAACCAUUUUUGCUGCACAAGUGAAUUACUGUCAGCGAAAAUGUUACAGAGACUGAAAAAUGCUGACAUUUGAUAAGUUGUACAUGAAGUAACAAAUGGUUGUACUUUGCACUAUGUUUUGUUUUGAUUUCAAAAAUGUAUUUGUCAAUAGAAGGAAAAAAAAGGUUACUUGUGAAGGGAUGAAAUCCUAAAAUAAUGAUAAUCGUAUAUGAAGAUGAAAAUGAUUGAGCACGGGAGCUGCUGCCACAGGCACACGGAUACACAGUGUGGGCUGUAGCUGCAGACAUCCUACUCAUAUUUAAACAUAAGAAAAAAAGCAUUGCAUUAAGAAGAAUACCAUAUAGCAUCUGAGAUACAUGCUCAUAAGCUGCAGCCAUAUGACAGAGUAUUUUACUAAAUUUCAACAUAUAUUUUCACCACUUUUUUUUCUCAGCCAUCUGAAGUUGAACUGAGCUCUUUAGCUGACUUUAGAGAGUUUUAGCUGGCCAGUUGCAUCUUUUUUCCCACAAAUUCCAGAGCUGAUAUGAAGGCAGACACAAUAUUGAAGAGACUGUAAAGCUUGGUAGCAAUAGCGUACAGAAAGGACAGCAGAUUUUGGUGGAGGGCAGAUAAAACAAACCUGAUCUCCCCCUGUUGGAGCAACAUCUACAUUUUCGCUGUUUCUGGAGAACAGCAAAAGGACAGAGGGACUGAUGUUAGACUGAUACUCGACUCAUCAUUGCUGCCUGGCCAUUUCUCAAUUCUCUUUGGGGACAUUUUGGACAUUUCUCCCCCACAUAGAAACUGGACAUACAAGUCUGACUUAGAUUCUACACAUCCUGUUGGAUUUAUAGUCGAUCUUUCUUGUUGAGGGGUAGUUGUCCUCUUGAAAGGAGGAUGAACACAGCAUGGCGAUCUGCACCAACACAGCACUGGUAUGCUAAGAACUAAUGGUAUUUUUCACCCUGUUCACCUCAAAGUCUAGCUCACUGCUCUUCUUCACCUGCCACUCCAUGGAAAAUGGCCUUGGAUGUAAAUGACUUGUAUAUGUAAAGUUUUUUCUACCCUCCUUCUAGAUUCUAGGUAUUUUUAUAGUCAGAAAAAAGGAAGAAAAGUGUUCUUUUUCUUGUCUUAUGCUGAGAAACAAUUGCCUGUAUUCUUCUCUAGCAUGUAGCGUGUACAGUAUCUGUUGGUUUCUCUCGUUUCAAUCACAUGCAGAUAUUAAUUAUUGGACACGACGACGGCAACACACCUUUGAGUAAUGCUCUGUUCACUUCUGCUGAAAAUAAGUUUGUACAUUGUUUCUGGUAUUUUAUUUUUUGGGGGAUUCACAAGGGGAGAUUGUAAUUCACAGCAUCAUGCUCUUGAGGGAGAAUUUAUGGAAUUAAGAGAAAUGUUUAUAGCAAAGUUAUUAUAUUGUCUCUGGUUGUGUGCAAACGCUUGAGUCUGACAAGCUCAAAAUGGCUGAUUGUCCAGUGAGGUCAUUGCACUCUUCCAUAGCGCUGAUGUUACCAUGACCUGUAAAAGGGCAUUGUGAUUUUUAGAUAUGGCAGAGUCUGCAGUUCCCACUGUUGUCUUCCCAGCUGGAGUCAGGUACUGCAUGGAACCACUCAUUUUUACUGUAUAUCACUGAUUCAGUAGUUUGACAAAUCUUUUUGACUGACAAAUCCAUAUGCUAUAUACAUCAGUGGAGUUGUACCUGUUAACUUGUGAGACCUCAUAAUGACUAAAACCUCAUAUUCAGGCGUGCUGAGUAUAACUUUCUGCCUUUUAGUGUGAUUGGAGGUUUUUCCCAAUGGAGGUAAUGCAUAUUGGUGAACUAUCUGCAGUACAGCCCAGUGACUAUAAGAGGAAACAGUAUGACACACCAUUCAAACAUGGCCAGAGUAGGCAAUACUACAGAUAUCGUAUUUCUCCCCUGUCAUAUUUCAGUGUGUCUGGCUCUGACAGAUAGCUUGAGAAGUAACAGGACUGCUACCUGGAUGACUAGACAGUCAGUGAGACCACAGACCUGUCAAAACAUUCCCUUUCAGCAGGGCUAAACUUGAUUCAGUGGAAUUCUCUAAUGCACUUUAACCAGUUCCAAUUUCUUCAUUUUUUUUUAACCCCUGCUUUCAAAGUAACCAAAGACAGAUGUUUGACCUUUAACUGACAAUUCUAUCCACCAAGUAAUCCCAAAAGCUUUCCUCACGUAAUGAAAAAGAAAGCACCGGACUCAGCUUUCAGAUUGCCCUGAAAAACUGGCCCGCUAGUCUGAACACUGUGCCUCUGUGUCUCAAACUUUGCCUCUAAAAUAACCUGAUGAGCCCUGGGAAAAGCACUGACCAUGUGACUGUCAGUUUGUUAAAUUAUAAUUAUGAAAUCUAAAUUGUGUAAAUAUGAAUUGUCAUAUUUGUGAUUUUUUUCUUUCUCUCACAGUCACUUCCAGUGUCCAAAGAAAGUUUGCUCAAGGCACAAACAUCACUACUGGAGUAGUGCAUGGCUUGCCAUUAUUGUGACAUGGGAAGAUAAAAAGAGAAUAUUGUAGAAAACAGAAAUUGUAAAACUUGAGUUUAUUCUUAUUUUCAAAAAUAAAUGUAUAAAUUAUAACAGUAUUGGUUACAGCUGUAUAUUAUUUUUGAAGAUCCCCAAAAGAUGUAAUCCUAAUUGUUACUGGGGAAUUAUAAUUUCAAGUCAUUGUAAAAAGAGAAAACAUUUAAAGGAAAACAGUGGAAGUAAGAUUAGGGAAAUAAAUUGAAUAAAAUGAC